AGCCCCGGGGUCCUUGCGCUAGUGUUGAGUGGCGCUUCCGGUUUCCGGUCCCCCCUUCAGCAAUCGCUGCCUGAGGGGGUUUGGGAGGAGAGUCGGCAGGGGAGCGGAACCGAGGGGCCGGGCUGGGCAUGAGGAGCUUGGCCGCAUCCCGCACAGGUCAUCUAAUCUCUUUCACCAUAAUUUAAUUUGUUAAUAUUUUGGACAAGAACAACAACAAUGAUGUCAAAACAAGCCUUCCUCUGCAGUUUGGGCUCUCUCUAUUUGUCCCUCCUGUUUGUGUUUCUGCUGAUGGAUGUCUAUGCCAGGCCUGCAAACAAUUCUGCCUUAAAAGAGAAAGCAGUUGACAGCAAAGAUGAGAAUGAGAUCCUGCCCCCAGACCACCUGAAUGGGGUCAAAAUGGAGAUGGAUGGACAUCUUAACAAGGAGUUUCAUCAAGAGGUUUUUCUAGGAAAAGAGAUGGAAGAAUUUGAUGAAGAUUCUGAACCGAGAAGGAACAGAAGGAAGCUUAUGGCCAUAUUUUCAAAGGUAGAUAUUAAUAGGGACAAAAAAAUAAGCGCUAAAGAGAUGCAGCGUUGGAUCAUGGAGAAGACAGAAGAGCAUUUCCAGGAAGCUGUGGAAGAGAACAAAAUGCAUUUCCGAGCUGUGGAUCCUGAUGGCGAUGGCCAUGUGUCUUGGGAUGAGUAUAAAAUAAAGUUUUUGGCAAGCAAGGGCUUUAAUGAAAAAGAGAUUGCAGAGAAGAUCAAAAACAACGAAGAGCUAAAAAUUGAUGAAGAAACACAGGAAGUUUUAGAUAAUCUGAAAGACCGUUGGUACCAAGCUGACAAUCCACCUGCUGACCUGUUACUGAAUGAGGAAGAGUUCUUGUCUUUUCUCCAUCCGGAGCAUAGUAGGGGGAUGCUGAAGUUUAUGGUCAAAGAAAUCAUCCGUGAUCUAGAUCAAGAUGGAGAUAAGAAACUCACCCUUUCAGAGUUCAUUUCCUUGCCUGUUGGUACAGUAGAGAACCAACAAGCUCAGGAUAUUGAUGACGAUUGGGUGAAAGAUAGAAAGAAGGAAUUUGAGGAAGUGAUUGAUGCCAACCACGAUGGCAUUGUCACCAUGGAAGAGCUGGAGGAAUACAUGGAUCCUAUGAAUGAGUACAAUGCCCUAAAUGAAGCCAAGCAGAUGAUAGCUGUGGCAGAUGAGAAUCAGAACCAUCACUUGGAGCUGGAGGAGAUCCUGAAAUACAGCGAAUACUUCACUGGCAGCAAGCUUAUGGACUAUGCACGUAAUGUUCACGAGGAGUUCUGACCAUGCUCAUCUCUGCAGAGCUCUGAAGCACCUUCUUGCUUUCCAAAAACAAAAAGAAAGUUACCUUGCUGCUAUAUGUGUUGUGUGUGAAUGAUGUGUUGUCCUAGACUUAAA